AUGCUUGAAAGGUUGGCAAAGCUUUCCUUUUUCUGUUAUUUGGAUGGAUAUUCUGGUUUCUUUCAAAUUCCUAUUCGUCCUUGUGACCAGGAAAAGACUACCUUCACAUGUCCAUAUGGCACCUUUGCAUAUCGUAGGAUGCCAUUCAGAUUAUGUAAUGCUCCCGCCACUUUUCAACGUUGUAUGAUGACAAUUUUUUCCGGUCUUAUAGAAAAUUCUAUGGAGGGAAUUGUUUUAGGCCAUGUUGUAUCAAAUAAGGGUAUUGAAGUUGAUAAGGCUAAGAUAGAGGUCACAGAGCGUUUACCCCCUCCAAACUCUGUAAAAGGAGUUCGAAGUUUCCUUGGUCAUGCAGGUUUUUACCGUCGUUUUAAUAUGGAUUUAUCGAAAAUUGCUCGACCUCUAACUAAGCUUUUAGCUAAAGAUGUUCCUUUUGUAUUUUCUGAUGCUUAUCUUGAGGCUUUCAACAGGUUGAAGGAAGCUUUGAUCUCUGCUCCUGUCAUACAACCCCCAGAUUGGAGCCCGCCCUUUGAAAUUAUGUGUGAUGCUAGUGACUAUGCAGUAGGAGCCGUUUUGGGGCAAAGAACAGAGAAAAAGCUCCAUGCCAUUUACUAUACUAGCAAAACUCUUAGUUCUACUCAAAUGAAUUAUGCCACAACUGAGAAAGAGAUGCUAGCUGUAAUUUAUGCAAUAGACAAGUUUCAUUCCUAUUUGGUUGGUUCUAAAGUUAUUAUUCAUACAAAUCAUGCAGCACUGAGGUAUUUGAUGACCAAGACCCAUGCAAAGCCUAGGUUGAUUCGGUGGAUUCUUCAGCUACAGGAUUAUGACAUAGAGAUCAAGGAUACAAAAGGGAAGGAUAAUGUACUAUGCCUCAUGGCUACUCCUCUCAACAAAGGAAGAAAUUCCUUCAUGAAGCAGGGAGAUAUUUCAGGGAUGAUCCGUUCUUGCCCUUCGAAGAAAAUUGCAAAGAUCUUGCAAUGUGGAUUUUAUUGGCCAACAUUUUUCAAGGAUACAUACUCCUAUGUCAAGGCUUGUGACCGAUGUCAACGGACGGACACUAUAUCUAAGAAGAAUGAGAUGCCACUCAACAACAUACUCGAGGUCGAGUUGUUCGAUUUGUGGGGGAUAGAUUUCAUGGGUCCGUUUCCCUCUUCCAAUGGCAAUCGUUAUAUCUUGCUAGCCGUUGAUUAUGUAUCAAAGUGGGUGGAAGCCAUAGCUACUCCAAACAACCAUGCUCGAGUGGUCAGUAAGUUUUUCAAGAAAAUUAUUUUCCCUCGAUUUGGUAUCCCACGUGUGUUGAUUAGUGACAGGGGCACACAUUUCUUGGAGCAUCGAUUUGAGGCAAUGCUAAGGAAGUAUGGAGUACAAGACCGGCUUGGAAUUGGCUAUCACCCUCAAACAAGUGGCCAAGUAGAGGUAUCCAAUCGAGAGAUCAAGUCCAUCAUUGAGAAAACAGUUGCAAGAACAAGGAAGGAUUGGUCCGCGAAGCUAGAUGAUGCACUAUGGGCGUACCGAACGGCCUUCAAAACGCCAAUUGGAACAACCCCAUAUAGACUUGUCUACGGAAAACCAUGCCACCUACCCGUUGAGCUAGAACAUAGAGCAUUUUGGGCCAUUGAAAGCUUGAAUUUCGAUACCAAGGCAACGGGAGAAAAGAGGUUGUUACAACUUAAUGAACUAGAUGAGCUUCGUCUCGAAGCUUAUGAAAGUUCAAAACUAUAUAAAGAGAAAACAAAAAGGUGGCAUGACAAGAACCUUGUGAGGAGAGAGUUCAAAGAAGGAGAUCAAGGCCUUCUUUUCAAUUCUAGGUUGAGAUUGUUCCCAGGUAAGCUUCGGUUUAGAUGGUCGGGUCCAUUCAAGAUCAAGAAGGUGCAUCCCUACGGCACUAUUGAGUUGGAAAACGCAAGAGGAGAGCCCUUUAAGGUCAAUGGGCAAAGAAUAAAGCAUUACCGAGUUAGUGACCCCAUCGAUAAAGGAGUGGACAUCACACUUUCUUCCCCAUCACCGAGCCAAUGA